AUGCCGUCGUCCAAGGGCAAGCCAACAGAUCCCGAGCUGCGUGAGGAGAUCAAGGAAGAGAUCAAGCAAGAGCCCAACAAAUCAGGCGGCGGUGAGGGCCAAUGGUCCGCUUGGAAGGCUUCCAAGCUAGCCAAGGAGUAUGAGAAGCAGGGCGGAGGAUACGAGAAUGAGCCGGGCUCCAAGAACGAGCCAAAGAAGGGGGAUCCAGAGCCCAAGAGCGACAGCAAGAAGAAGAAGGAGACAGACGAUUGA